AUGUCCCCAUUCCUUUCCCGACUGCGUGCGCUCUUCAGAAGCCUGACCUCCUCCUCCCACAACACGCGACCCCUGACCCAAGUAGCCAUUAUCGGCCUACUCGGCGCGGGCCAACGAACGAUCCUCGAGCACCUCAGUGAGACCCCGAUCCGGCCUUUCAACCUGCAAGGCCAGCAUCACAUUGCGGAGGAGGGCAGCAGCCCUUCGCUCGGCCUCGCGCUGCGGAUGGUGGACGUGGGCGGCGACGCCCCGGGGCGCUGGCACGUGCUCACGGCCCAGUCCUAUGCGGACGUGGACGCGCUGAUUGUCGCAGUCGAUGUCGCGGACCCAAUUACCCUGGACGAGCUCCGGCAGGAGCUUGGGCGAGUGGUGCGCGGGCGACACGUGCAGGGAUGGACAGAGCCUUUUCCUGUUGCGAAACAGGGAAUUCCGUGGCUGGUACUGGUGAUGUUCAAGGGGGAGGUGGUGGAUGAAGAUAUCGCCCGAGAGCAGGUCGCUGCUCUGCGUUUGGAUGAGCUAGGCGUCGAUUGGGUCUUCCGCCCUGUCGCGGCGGGGAAUGGAAAAGAUAUCAAGCAGUCUGUUUCCUGGCUGACGAACAGACUCGAGGGAAAUACGAAGCGUGCUGGGAAGGAGAAGGUCUGA